AUGAAAGUAGCUGCAUUAUUGAGUGGUGGGAAAGACUCGUGCUACAACAUGAUCGAGUGUGUGAGGCACGGACAUCAAAUCGUUUGUCUGGUGAAUUUGUGUCCAGAAAAUCGAAAGGUGAAUGAGUUGGACUCGUAUAUGUAUCAAACGAUUGGUCAUAACGCAGUUCAAGCUAUUGCAGACGCAAUGUGUCUUCCGUUAGAGCAAUUUACGAUUUCUGGCAAGUGUCUCGAAAUGGACUUGACGUAUCAACCCAAAAGUGGUGAUGAAGUGGAGGAUUUGUACUCAGCUCUUCUGUGUGUGAAGAAGAAGUAUCCGGAAAUCGAAGCUGUGUCUUCGGGAGCCAUUCUGUCCAAUUACCAGCGAGAACGCGUCGAAAACGUCUGUAAUCGACUCAACCUAGUUUCUCUGGCGUAUCUUUGGGAACGAGAGCAAAAAGAACUUCUUAACGAUAUGAUUCAGAGUGGACUCGUAGCUCGAGUCAUCAAAACAGCCACCAUGGGUUUGGAUCGGCGCCAUAUUGGGAAAACGUUAAACGAACUGCAGCCUUAUCUCCUCAAAAUCGCAACUUUGUAUGGUUGCAAUCCCUGUGGAGAAGGAGGCGAGUAUGAAACCUUUACGGUGGAUUGUCCUCUUUUCCAGUACCGCAUCGAAUUGUUGGAAUUUGUGGAAUUGAUGAGUUGUAGUGAUGAUGUGGAGAUUGUCACCCAUUCCGAGUCGAUGGAUGCUCCGGUUUUGUUACUAGUUCCCAAAGCUUGGCAUUUAGAGAAAAAAGAAAAAGAAAAAGAAAAUGAGAAUGAAGGGGAAACUUGUUUGGAGGGAAUUGAUGAUACGGAUAUUUUGAAAUCUAUUGAACUGCCACGAAGUAUCAACCCUCCAUUUGAUGAAAUUCAUAACAAUAAUAAUGAUAAUUGGCUGAAUUUAGAAUCAGAUGAGAAAGAUACAGAUAACGUAGUUGUAAUUUGUCCUUCGCAGGAAAAAGCAAACGAACUAUUGGAAUUAUGGAAAAUGAAACAGUCAAAUCCUUUAUUGUAA